UUGUUCAAAAACAGACACCAGAAAGGAAAAAGGCAAGCACAGCCAGAUAAAAAUUAACGAAGAGAAGCCAGAAAAAAAAGAAGAAGAAAUUCAAGAAAAAAUGGGGAAAGAUCUGAGCGACGACCAAAUUUCCUCCAUGAAAGAAGCUUUCACGCUUUUCGAUACCGACGGCGACGGUAAGAUCGCCCCAUCGGAGUUAGGGAUUCUCAUGCGGUCAUUGGGCGGAAACCCGACCCAGGCCCAACUUAAGUCCAUAGUCGCCGACGAAAAGCUCAGCGCGCCGUUCGAUUUCAACCGAUUUGUAGAACUCAUGUCCAAGUACCUCAAGCCCGAACCUUUUGAUCGCCAGUUGCGCGACGCCUUCAAGGUCCUCGACAAGGAUGGCACCGGAAGCGUCGACGUUAAAGAUCUCAGGCACAUUUUGACUAGUAUCGGUGAGAAGCUGGAGCCGGCGGAGUUCGAUGAGUGGAUCCGGGAGGUAGAUGUUGAUUCUGAUGGCAAGAUCCGUUACGAGGGCUUCAUUGCCAGGAUGGUGGCGAAAUGAUUAUCUUCUCUCCCUAUGUGGUUGGAUUCAGUGGCUGUAAUGUUGAUUAGCUCGAAGCCAGUUCCAGAAUUUUCUUCCCUAGCCUAGUGUUUCUUUUGUGUUGCUGAAGUGCAUUUUCGACUCGAGUCUUGCCUGAUCUUUAGUAUCUCAAUAUUGUUUGUGAGUUUAUUUGUGUUUAAGAUGUUUGAAAGGUAUCUUGUAUCUUGUUUUUUUAGAAAUUUGAAACCCUUGAAUUAUUUAGGAGUUAGAGGUACUCUCCUUGGAUUUGAUAAACCUGUGUGUACAGUUGAAGUUGCUUUGGGACCUAAGUUGGUGUUCCAGUUGCUUUAAUCUCUUUAAUUGUUGUUUAUCUGACUCUGACCUACUAUUCCCUUUUUUGUCAUUAUUUGUUGAGCAUGAUUGUGGCUUAUGAUUCAUAUAUGUUGGGAUAAGCUUGGCUUAUCUAGGGUGCUUCUUAGUUUUGAAAUUGUUGGUAGCAUUGGAAUGCUUUUCUGUUUGUGCUUUUGCCCUGUACUUAACAAAUUUACUGUUCUGGUGCAUAAUAAUUUUAUUUUUCUUGGUUUCACUUAUUUCCGUUGCAAGCUGUUUCUCAGAGUUGGUUUACAGAGUUAAUUGUUUCAUUUCUGUACCUAUAUAUCUGGGAAGCAGUGGUUGAUCGAUUUUGGUCUCUCUGAGGCUGCCCCGCUACCAUUUAUCAAGGAACCCCGUACAAGUGUAGCUAGUAUAUUGCUAAACAUCAGUCACGUGAUGAUAACACAGAUAAUAUAAAUUUCUGCUUUUAAAAUCCGUAAUUUGGAGAAAAAGAGAGUAAAAUAUUGAAGUUGUGCUUUGUUCCAAAAAGCGAAAAAAUGUUGGGAUGAUCCUGUACUCAUUUGCUAACAAAAUCUGCAUUGGACAUUUAGACAAGCUGUCAUGGUUGAAUCGUUCGAACACCAGACGACUUGGAUGCCACUAUUGUCUUAUGAAAAUGUUAAAUCAGUCCAAAACUCCAAAUAUCACCCAGAUGUAAACUAUUACGACGCUGAUGUUGAUACUAAGUGAUUAGCAAAAAACGAGUAUUAAUCAGCAAAUAAACAAGAAAUUCCAAACCUUUUUUUUUUUUUUUUCUUUGGGAAGACAAAUCUCUAAACUUUAAAGUGGCCUGGUGUUCAUUCAUAAGACAAUAGCCAACGGAAUAAAAUUAC